CUAGACACCUUCAGUUCUCUAAGAGCAAGCCAGUUCCGGGGGCAGGACAGCAGCAGGUGGUAGAAUGCGGAAACCAGGCCCUCAGAAAGCCAUAGACUGGAAAGAUGGUAAGAAGCACAAGUACAGCCGCCCGUCAGAGUCUCCCUCCCAGUACCAAGGUCACUUCACCUGGGAGAAAUACCUGAAAGAGACAUGUGCCAUCCCAGCUCCUGCCCAUUGCUUCAAGCAGUCAUACACUCCUCCUGCCAACGAGUUCAAGAUCAGUAUGAAGCUGGAAGCCCAGGACCCCCGGAACACCACGUCCACGUGCAUCGCCACCGUGGUGGGGCUGACGGGCGCGCGGCUGCGCCUGCGCCUCGACGGCAGCGACAACAAGAACGACUUCUGGCGCCUGGUGGACUCUGCCGAGAUCCAGCCCAUUGGCAACUGUGAGAAGAAUGGAGGGAUGCUGCAGCCUCCCCUGGGCUUCCGGCUGAAUGCCUCCUCCUGGCCCAUGUUCCUUCUGAAGACUCUGAAUGGAGCAGAGAUGGCUCCUGUCCGGAUUUUUCACAAGGAACCACCAUCUCCAUCCCAAAACUUCUUCAAGACAGGUAUGAAGCUGGAGGCAGUGGACAGGAAGAACCCUCACUUCAUCUGCCCGGCCACCAUUGGGGAGGUGAGAGGUUCUGAGGUCCUCAUAACAUUUGAUGGCUGGAGAGGUGCCUUCGAUUACUGGUGCCGAUAUGAUUCCCGGGACAUCUUUCCCGUAGGCUGGUGCUCGCUGACUGGAGAUAAUCUGCAGCCCCCUGGUACAAAAGUUGUGAUUCCAAAGAGCCCUUUACCUGCCUCCGAAGUAAACUCGGAGAAACCUAGCAUGCACAGUAGCACAAAGACUGUUUUGGGGCAUCAACAAGGGCAAAGGCGUCGCAAAACAGGGAAGAAGCGUGGUCGAACGACCAAAGCGCUAAUCCACCACCCCAUGCCUACACCCUCCAAGUCAGUGGAGCCUUUGAAAUUCCCCAGAAAGAGAGGCCCCAAGCCUGGCAGUAAGAGGAAACCUAGGACAUUGCUGAACCCAGCACCCACCUCUCCAACAACCAGUACCCCAGAGCCAGACACAAGCACUGUGCCCCAGGACGCUGCUACAAUCCCCAGCUCUGCCAUGCAGGCUCCCACAGUUUGCAUUUACUUGAACAAGAACGGCAGCACUGGGCCCCACCUAGACAAGAAGAAAGUUCAGCAGCUGCCAGACCAUUUUGGACCAGCUCGAGCUUCUGUUGUCCUGCAGCAAGCAGUACAGGCCUGCAUUGAUUGUGCUUAUCAUCAGAAAACAGUCUUCUCCUUCUUAAAACAAGGCCACGGGGGAGAGGUCAUCUCAGCUGUGUUUGAUCGGGAACAGCACACUCUGAACCUGCCAGCAGUAAACAGUAUCACCUACGUCCUCCGCUUCCUGGAGAAGCUGUGCCACAAUCUGCGCAGUGACAACCUCUUUGGGAACCAGCCUUUCUCUCAGAACAGCCACAUGCAGCGCUCACACGAGUACGACCACGACAGGUAUCUACCAGACAGAAGCAGUUCGUUAGACGGCUCUCUGCAGGGACCAGGCCGGGGUACAAAGCGCUAUUCCCAAGAUUCCCCUCCAUACACUGCUCCUCUCUCCCCCAAGUUACCAAAGAAUGACCGUCACCCUUUGGAAGGUGAAACCUUUGUCCUGGGAGAUGGCCUCCCAGGGCCCUUGGAGCCUCGCCUGGACCCUAUGGACUCUGCCUUGAACUCUGUCAAUUCCUCCAGCCACAGCAGGAGCUCCAGAGACUGUCGCCUACCAGGAUACAGGCACCUGCACCAACCCUCGAGCCUCAGCCAGGGCACCUCUGCCCUGCGCAGGCCUAGCUCUGGGGGCUCCGACAGGUACCUGGGCCCCCGGGACGUGUCCCGGCUGAGCGGCCGCGACCCCUCGUCCUGGUCGGUGGAGGAGGUGAUGCAGUUCAUCCGCGAGUCCGACCCGCAGCUGGGCCCCCACGCCGACCUCUUCCGAAAGCACGAGAUCGACGGGAAGGCCCUGCUCCUGCUUCGGAGCGACAUGAUGAUGAAGUACAUGGGGCUGAAGCUGGGGCCAGCCCUGAAGCUCACUUACCACAUCGACAAGCUAAAGCAAGGCAAGUUCUGAGAGGACAUUGGCAGGACAGAUCCUGGAAGCUCCGCUCCUGGCCACCCCCACCCGCGCUCACCUGCCGACAGGUUCGCAUGCACACACCCCAUUUACACCGCAGACAGACAGACAGACGGACACCUCGCCGAUAGCCCACCCCCCCCCAGGGGACAGACGGACACCUCGCCGAUAGCCCGGCCCCCCCAGGGGACAGACGGACACCUCGCCGAUAGCCCGGCCCCCCCAGGGGACAGACGGACACCUCGCCGAUAGCCCGGCCCCCCCAGGGGACAGACGGACACCUCGCCGAUAGCCCGGCCCCCCCAGGGGACAGACGGACACCUCGCCGAUAGCCCGGCCCCCCCAGGGGACAGACGGACACCUCGCCGAUAGCCCGGCCCUCCCCGGGUCCCGCUGCCCCCGCCCCCAGCGGGAGGAGCCCGGCACAGUUGGGCUUCACGCCAGACUCGAGCCGUGGGUCCCCUGUUGGAAGCAGAGGGUCUCUCCCAGCACUCCUUCGUGGGCUCCUGGUCCUGCUUCCCCGGGAUGGAGCAGCAGCUCUGGGCAGUCUGUGGGGACUGGGCACUGGCACCACCUCCUCCCUCUCGCCUGCUCGGGGCAGGCACUGGGGGCGCUGCAGCGGGGCCGUGCCCCGACUGUGCCCUGCGGCACCACGGUGAGCUCGGAGCAUCCCCCGCCCCGGCCCCGCCUUCCACACCGGGGGGAGCCCGGGGGCCACUCACCCCCCUCAGCUCUACCUGCCCCUGGCUUCAGACCCGGCUCCAGCUGGGCACGCCAGGCCAGGGAUGGAAGCUUUCAUAUUUAUUCCAGACUGGAAAGGCCACACGGCACUGGCUGGGAGCGUGGAGUGAGCUGGGAGAGCCAAGGAGCAGGGCUGGGUGCCCCUGGCACGUGUUGGAGGCUGCCUGGAUGCUGCAGGACUCGGUUGAUACUUCUCGCCUUUUAUUUUUUUUUUAAUUUUCUCUUUUGGAAUUUUUUUUUUUUACUAAGGAGUUGUGUGUUUAAAACGAUGAGAUGAUUUUUCUACCUGUGUUGAACUCGCAACUCUUGGUGAUUUUUAGCCAGAGCUGCCAAGGUUUGUCUUCCCAGGGGCACUCCCGCUCCUCUAGAGUUUUGGUCCGUCCCAGCUCAGCGUGUGAGAGGGUGUUGGGUCUGCCCAGAGGAUCCCGGGGUGGUGACCCGUCCCGAUGUUGCUCUUCCUGUGAGGGCUUUGUCCUGCCCGGGGCCCCUGUUGGUCUCAGGCAGUUUAAUGUAUUUAUUUUUGAUGGCACUUGAGCGGUUCCCGCGGUCCCAGACACGUUCCUGCAGCUGCACGAGGAGUGUGGAGGCCACCGGCUGUGCCAGCGCCGUGUCCCCGGGGCAGCAGUGCCAGCUCGGGGCUGCCUGUGGGGCAGGGGCUGCCCAGACCCCUGAGCAGGCCGAGCCGGGGCAGGGCUGGUGGGGCAGGCGGGGGCUGACCCCGCUGUGUCCCCACACACCCCCAGCACAGACCCGCCCGUGCCACGCUCCCCUGCAGUGACCAAAGGGCUGGGACGGGAUCUCCACUCCGAGCACUUCCUCCUCCUGCCCUCAGCUCACCCUCUGCAUCCAGAGCCACGGCUCAGCACCCCCCGCCAGCCUCGAGGGCCCUGGCCAGCAGCAGGACGGGCCCCCGCGGUGACCAACCCUCCAGGCUCUUGCACUGGGUCAGGUUUACCCCUAAGGGGCAAAGUUGCAAAAAAAAAAAAAAUAAAUAAAUAAAAAAAUACCCCAACGCCCAAAGUAAUGAGAAGGCAAAAGGCUUUUUGUCACAGAGCGUAGCCCGUGCUGGGCCUGGGACACCCCUCGGUGUGACCCGCACUGGUCCCGCUGCACCCAGGGCCUGGCAGGGUCAGCCAGUGCUUUCCUCUGCACUUAUUUUACGUUGAUCUGUUUAUAAAUAAAAGGAUACCAAGUUC